UCUUCAGCGUCUUCAGCCUCUUCCUUAUGUUCUUUCCUACAUGCCAGUGUUCCAUGCCAUUUAUGCAUCUAUCUAUCAUGAGCUUCAACUCGCGACUUCAGGAUACAAUGUUCGCACACUUUCUCAUUUGUCUUGUUAAAUAGUUCAAGAAUAAGCAGACAAUAAUAUGGAUGGUUUGAAGCUUUGUGGAUAGUCGCCCAUGCUACCGUCGUCUGCUUUUUCAGGUUCAUUUCAUCCACUAGGCGGAGCUGAAGGAACAAAAUUACAGAGCCGUGCAAAAUUAUGGAAGCGUCUGACGUUCGUCGGAGAGCUAAAAAGCUCGACUCACCUACUUCUUUGACAGAAUUCGCCCCUUUGAGCUCUGAUGUAAAAACGAAAGGCGGUGGUUUCUCUCUGAGCAAAUUAUUCCGAAUAUCCCGACCGCCUCGCGAUGACGACGCUGCACCUGACUUGAACCCCCAGUGGGACACCAUACCCGAGCACGAUGUCCUGCAACCCUGUGGAACUCCAGCUGAGCCUACAAACAUCACACAUGCAGGCCUAGACGUUUCUUCUGCUACGAGCACUGCAGACAUGGACGUUCUUUAUACACGAAGCUUUUCAGGUGUCUUGAGCCGCAUCGCUCAUAUUAUGGACCGUGGAAUAGUCGCGCCUAACGCCUCCUGCAAAGACAGCGACCUCAAACAAUACUGGAUGCCUGACAGCAACUGCAAAGAGUGUUACGAGUGCGGCGACAAGUUCACCACAUUUCGCCGUCGUCAUCACUGCCGGAUUUGUGGUCAGAUUUUCUGUAGUCGCUGUUGUAACCGCGAAAUUCCAGGCAAGAUAAUAGGGUAUCGCGGUGACCUCCGUGUCUGCAUGUAUUGCUGUCAAGUUGUGCUAUCAUACGUGAAUUCGCUAGACUUGAGCGCUGACCUACGUGGCGUCCUCGCAGAUCUGCAAAGUAAAUUGGGUGUACUGAGGAUGGAAGGGGAAGAUGCUGUUACUUCAGAUUCCUGGCGGGCCCCAGCAAGUCGGAGGAAAACGUCACUUGGUUUCCGAGAAGAAGCAUUGGUGUUGCCAAAAGCUGAUGAAUAUGCUUCGAGUGACAGCACUGCGUUUCGCAGCCCAUCACCAGGCCAUUCCCCAGCUCAUGACAUACUUUUUAUUCGAGAACUGUGGUCACAAAUUCAACAUCCCACUCAUGGAGUAGUAUUUCAGACACAUAGACGAAGAUUACAUACUUAUCAAAACUGUGUUGUGGGCAAUGAAUUAGUUGACUGGUUAGUGGCCCAAGGAAAAGCAUCAAGCCGCAGUCAGGCUGUGUCUGUUGGGCAGGCAUUUCUGGACGAAUGCCUUCUGGAAUCUGUUACUUCGCAUGAGUCUGUAUUCCUUGACAGCUAUGCGCUGUACAAACCAAUACAAACAAAUGAAGGUGACGCAAGUCCUGCAGCCAGUUCACCGAAUGAAAGAACCGAGGAAACACAGGAUCCGCUGUGGGUAUCAGAAAUCCAACCAGAAGGAAGCCUCUCACGAGAGGAUUCUCCAGAGCCAGAAAAGUUAUCAAGUGAUCAGUUUGAAGUGUCUUACAAAGAUCACAAGCGACUGACGACUUCUACAUCAACAUUUUUCCUCAAUCUAGAUUUGAAGGAGUCAAGGGUUACAGUGUCCCGCCCUAGGGACGCAACCUCACCCGAUGGAAAAUGUGAUGAAAGAAGGCAUAAUCGCUGGGAAGCUGACAAUAAUGCUGUGGGCCAUGAGAUAUGCAACAGAACAAUAAAUGACGAUUGCAUUAGUGGAGCACUAUUCGCAAGCAGCAGAAUGAAUGAUUCCGUUGAUCAGAAGCUUCCCAUGGACGAUGAAGUCGACACAAAUGAAGUCAGAGAAAAACUGCAUGCAAUGUAUAAUUCACUGGAGAAAGAUCUCCUUAAACAGCUUUUGACUUUGGAUGGUGUUUCUCUCGACUGGUGUGAUGUUAUACUUCCAAUUGUGCAUACUGUUUCUGCCCUAGUCAGUCCAGACACAAAAUGUGAAGAAGACAUGGAUAUUCGAUCCUACGUACAUGUCAAGAAGAUUCCUGGUGGUUCUCGAGUUGAUUCCUGUGUUGUCAGUGGAACAGUUUGCACAAAGAACAUAGUCCACAAAAAAAUGCGUCAGCAGCUGACAAACCCUCGUAUCCUCCUUGUUGGUUCAUCUAUUGUGUACCAGAGGAUUGAGAACAAAUUCUCAUCCCUAGAUCCGAUCCUUAUGCAAGAAUGUGAGUACUUGAAGCAUGUUGUAGCAAAAAUUCAAGUUUUUGAGCCAGAUCUACUACUUGUGGAAAAAACUGUCUCGCGUCUUGCACAAGAAAAACUUCUGCAAAUGGAUGUGACCCUUGCAACAAACAUGAAACCAUCUGUAAUGGAGCGAAUAUCACGAUGCACUCAGUCAACAAUUGUAAGCUCAAUUGAUGCGCAGUUACAUAAGCCAAACCUGGGUACUUGCCAAAAUUUCUAUGUAAAAACGUACAUAUUGCCAGCAAAUCGAACUAAAACCCUACUUUUUUUCGAUGGCUGUCCAAGUAGACUAGGAUGUACCAUCCUGCUGAGGGGUGGUACUUCUACUGAACUCGGGAAAGUAAAGCGUAUUAUACUUUUCAUGUUGUAUGUUGCUUACAACUGGAGGUUGGAGCUUUCAUUCCUUAUGAAUGAGCAUGCAGAACCACCUGCAGACGCAAGGACUCUACGUGAGGAAGACUGCGAUGUGUCUCAAAGUGACUCUAAGAAAGAACCUGAAAAUAAGGUGAACAUGGAAGAUGUUAAGGUGGAGGACACUGCAAUGAAUAUUGAAAAAUGCAUUGUUGAAGACUUCAGUGACCCCUUGCAUACUCUCCUUAACUCUGAGGACAGUGCUGAGCCAUUGGAUGACCAUCUGCUCAUUGUAAAGAAGCAGUCAUCGACAAGUUCUUUUGAGUUAGCACUUAAUUCCACUGUCCUUUGUUGCUCGCCUUACAUUAAGCCAACCCUUCCAUACCUGAAAACAGAGGCUGGGCAAAGCUGUGAGCUUCGGAAGUUUUUUGAUGACGAAAUUUACUGGUCACCCAAAACAAGUGAUGUAGAGACAGCAUCUAAAAGAUUUGGUGCUAAGCAGGGCUUGGUCUCUACAGUAGGCGAACAAGAUGUGCAAGAGACUGUCACAGUUGCACCUCCUCACCCGUUUACACUCCUCAAGUUGACUUCAAGUGAGUGGGAUUCUGGAGCUGCACAGGCACUUCUUGCGGACUUCAGGGCACGGGGUGGCAGGAUUCAGGUACUGUGCCAGCACAACAGGAACUGGAAUGUAACCAAGAGUGCUCGAAAAGCACUGCAUUCCGAGGCUGGUCAACGGAAUUAUGGAGGUGAAAGUCGGAUUGAUGCCCUCAGUGCCUACAACCACCAGAGGAUAGCAGUGUUGUUUUGCAGCUACUCUCCAACUUCAAGCAAUGCACCUUAUUUUUGCGUGAACCUCUCUGUGGUUAACAUGGACUUUUAUGGUCAUUACGAUAUUCCACUGGGAGGCUUUCUGGAACGCUAUUGCUUUGGUUCAUCUUACACCUGCCCAAACUAUUCGUGUGACACUCCAAUGUUAGAACAUGUGCGCAAAUUUGUACAUGAAAAUGGAUCUAUUCAGGUCCUGUUGCACCAUUUGGACAACCCUUUGCCUUCAGCCCAAAACAGUACACUGAUGUGGAGUUGGUGCCGGAAGUGUCGCUUUGUGACCCCACUGACAGUCAUGUCUCAAGAAACUUGGUCAUUCUCAUUUGCUAAAUACCUUGAGCUACGAUUUCACGGAUAUGAAUAUGGCUGUCGGAGCCCACAUGGCCAGUGCCCGCAUUCCCUGCAUCACGACCAUUACCAGUACUUUGCAUCAGAACAGAUUGUUGCAUCUUUUAAGUACUCACCUGUUCAAAUUAGAGAGGUUGCCUUUCCAUCGCCAGUGAUCGCCAUUGUUGAUGAGAUUCCCAAAGUAAGUGUUAUUGUUGAUGAAAUACGAGAACUAGCUGUUAAAGGGUCGUCCAUCUAUAGUGCAGCAGUUGAAGCAUUGUACUCGCUAAAGGAACAAGUGCAAGGAACUAAACAUGAAAGUACUGUUACGGAAUUGAUGGAGAAACAGCAGACUGAAAAGUCUGCAUUCAAAGAAAUGAUUGAAAGCAUUCAGCUUCAGCUUACUUCACCAACGUUAAAGCGUUGCCAGUCACAAAAUGCGUCAAUGACAGACAGUGUUGUCCUGCAAGAGGCACGUGCCAUGACAUGGAAGAUAUACAACAGCAUUGUUCAGCUUAAACAAUAUAUGGCAGAGGCCGUUUGCACUUGGAAUAAAAGGCUGCAGGAAUUUGAAGUGAUGAGGAAACGAGAAGAGAGAUCUCAAACGAGGACAUUAUCGAAACAAGCGCCAGCAGGUGUUGACGCAAAUGUCAGUGUAGAGGAGCCCAAGCAAGAAUUGGUUGACAGUACAGAUGCCGCAAGUAGUUUUGGGGAUAGUGAUUCACAGGCAGGAGAUGAUGUUUUGGCUGCAGGCAAUAUCCAGACGGGUGGACAAACAAGCGUAGAGGCUCAAGGAGAAAGCCAGUUGGUAGAGGACUUGGAGAGGACACAUGCCCUGCAUUCAUCAUUACAGACAGCAAACAGUAGCACAUCAAUGUCCAGUUACAUGUACAGCGUUUCACCAGGCAUUUAUGCAGGAUUGAUGGGACAAGACUUAAAUGCAGCCAAAUCUGAAAGGUAUGGUGGAUUUCACCCAGAAGAUAACAAUGAGUCUGGAAAGCGAUGUGGAAGCAUUCGUACCCACGAACGAUCACGGUCAGAUGGAGCUGAGAAACUACAAGAUAAUCGGUCAAAGCUUCAGACACCGUCACUUUCAAAACCAGAUGAUGAGGCCUCAGUAGGCAAGCUGGAGAAAAGAGGCACGGUGAAAACAAUUAUUAGCCAGUUGCUGUCCAGCUCUGGGACAUCUCCGAUACAGAGCCCAUUUCCAGCAUCAGAUCACUUUAAUGUUUCUCAUGGAAGCAGGAUUCCAGUUAUUAUUCACGAUCAAGAACCCAGUUCAAUCAUUGCUCAUGCCUUGGCUUCGGCAGACUAUGAGCUAAAGUUGCUGGAGCUUCAGUCCAACUUGACAGCAGCACUGAACCAGCUCAGGGAACAAGCAAGCUCCAUGGGAAAACGGGAUUCUGGAAGUGAUGUUCAGUGUGUGGAUUUUGAAGAAUUUGUGUUGUGUAAUAGUCAGGAGACAGAAAAGAAAACAGGUAGUAAAAGCUUCAACAUGCACAUUGACACACAAUUCAGUGAUGCAACAUCUCAGUUCUACUGUCGGGUCUUCUUUGCGGAGCAGUUUCGGAAACUACGCCGCUUUAUUUUUCCCCACGGAGAAGAUCGUUUCAUAUAUUCCCUCUUGCGCUGUGUUUCAUGGAGUGCCCAAGGAGGAAAAUCUGGUCUGUCGUUUUGUAAGACCCACGACGACCGCUUUAUCUUGAAGCAAAUGUCUCGCUAUGAAGUCCAAUCCUUUCUAGAAUUUGCUCCAAGAUACUUUCAGUACGUCAGCAAUGCAUGCAUUGAUCGACAACCAACAGUGUUAGCCAAAAUUGUGGGUGUCUUUCGCAUUGGUUGCAAGAACUCUGCAACCAACACUGCUUCUAAGUUAGAUCUCCUGGUAAUGGAGAACCUCUUUUAUGGGAGGAACAUCGCGCAAAAGUUUGACUUGAAAGGAUCCGUAAGGAACCGUCUGGUGAACACCCGCUCGCAGGCCGAAGGCGACGUGGUCUUGCUGGACGAAAAUCUACUAAAGAUGACGUGUGACUCACCGCUCUAUGUUCGUCCUCAUUCGAAGACUGUCUUGACACUUGCAAUCAAAAAUGAUGCAAAGUUCUUGUGGGAUAACUUGGUCAUCGAUUAUUCACUUCUGGUGGGAUUUGACAAUGACCGCAAAGAACUUGUGGUAGGAAUUAUAGACUACAUUAGAACCUUCACAUGGGACAAGAAACUGGAAAUGGUGGUUAAGUCGACUGUGACACUGCGGGGUCACAAAAAGCAGCCAACAAUUAUUUCCCCAGACCUGUACCAUGGACGCUUUUGCGAAGCAAUGGACAAAUACUUCCUGUGUGUGCCCGACUGCUGGAGUGGCCUCGGUAGUGGCAUCAAUUGCUAGAUAUGCUAGAAUAUUUUUAUAUAUGCCUGUCUGUUCCAGUGGCAUCAAUGACUAAACGUUACCACUAAGUGAAAAAAAAAAAGAUAUUUAUAAUUCACGCUAAUGAUUUUUCGUAUCAGCAUCUUUGACUUCAGGAUUGCGGUCUACAAAAGCGAGGAUGUAACAAGAACACUGUUUUGGACGUAAUUAUUGUUGUUGUGCUUCAUACAUUUGAGACAAGCAUUGGAGAGAGACCGGCAUGUACUACUGUCUUUCACAGCAUUGCUACAAAGUCAUUUGGAAGAAACUAGCUUAUCUACAUUUUUUUUAUAGAUCUGAAUAUUCUGAAUUUUAAGAUAUGAGAUGUGUUUGACCAAAUAUAUCAUUCCAGGACUUUUCUGUGUUAGAUAUGUCUGUUGCUUUCAGUUGUUUUGAUAACACACUGGGUUUCAAUACCAGCAUUGUAGUGAAUGUGUGAGAUACUUAGAGCGUGAGGAGAAAAUAUGGAGACUGCACUAUGUUUUGCUGGGUUGUGUAAAUAAUGCAUUCUAGCCAUCCUGUUUGUUUAAAGUGCUGUGUUGUUUAAACUGUAUUUUCUGGUAUGCAUACUGCUUUGUGAUGACGUACAGCAGAAGUCUGGAUUUUCUUUUUUAGUUUCUGGUUGAAGAAACGCUCCAAUAAUAAUAUUAUAUCUAUUUAUUUUUGUUUGGUGCCCAAAAACAACCAUAGAGGUCUGAGGAUGAGACCUUGAAGCUUGUUCUCAGCUCUGCAGCACAUAUAGUAAUAAUAUGAUACUUGUUUCCGAGGUUUUACAUUAUCUGUGACGCUAUGUUGCAUCAUGUCUAUAGCAGCAGCAUGUAGCGCACUCCAUGAUACCAACAUACAAACAGACACGUGAUUGAAGAAAAUCAUAUGUUGUAUCAGCAUGGUAGCAUUCCAUACUUUUAUGUGUGUGUGUGUACAUUUUUUCAUACAGUCCCAAAAAGUUUACGUUAACUUAUCACACAGCGCGCUGGCAUUUCAAGGGCAGUAUAGAGCCCAAUUCGACAAACUACAAUAAAGUCCUACCCUGCACCCAAACUGUUUAACAGCAAGGCAUUUGUGAUGAAGCCUUGACCUUGCAAAAAGUUACUUUCAGUAUCAUCUGCAAUAGGAGAUACAGAUGUAUAAAAGAGGGAUGGGUGACAAUACUAUUGUGCUUUUCAGGGUCACAAACAUACAAUACAACUUUGGUGUGCCUCACAUCUGCGAGGGUCAGAUGAACAGUAAUGCUUCUAUGAGCAUUACACGUGGCUGAACAGGAAUAUUUUAAUAAAUGAAACGUGGAAGCAA